AUGGCGGCAGCAGCACCAAAAGGAGCUUCCCUCAAUCAUGUUUCUAGAGAAUCACCUGACAUCGAACGCCUUGCCAAAUUCUACGUCGAGGUUUUUGGCUUCGAGGCAGUGGAGAGCCCGAAAUUCGAUUUCGGGGUGAUAUGGCUGAGAUUGGGUUCGUCUCUGUACCUUCACCUGAUUGAAAGGGACCCUAAUACGAAGCUUCCAGAAGGCCCGUCGAGUUGUUCUGCAUCAGCCGUGGCCGACCCCAAGAACCUCCCCAGGGGACACCAUCUCUGCUUUUUUGUCCCCAAUUUCGAUUCCUUUGUUCAGACCCUUAAGGAGAAGGGAAUUGAUAUACACGAGAGGACUCAACCAGACGGGAAGACAAGACAGGCCUUCUUCUUUGACCCAGACGGUUAG